AUGAGAAACGUAGUUAGAAAGAGUGAGAGUGGUUUCGUCUUCCUCCGUCACCAAGUCGCCGGAGAAUUCCUUAGCAGGUUUGUUGAUUCCAUGGCUGAAAUGGUGGAGCUGGAGGUGUUUUGCUACUGGAACGGUUGCAUCAAGUACGGCCGAGAUGGUGUCUAUUACGAAGGAUCGAGUCCUAAAGUGAUCAAAGUUAAGCGAAAGACUGAGCUGAGAAGAUUGUUGGAUGAGCUGUAUCGAAUGAUUGGAUUAGAUACAUAUAAUCAGAGGUCGAAAGUUAAGAUAUUUGGUAGGUAUCCUUGUGUUGUUGGAAAAUCUUUGGUUAAGUAUCUUCUUCUCCCUGUGGUGAACGAUGAAAGUUUGGAGACUAUGCUUGAGGUUCCAAGCAAUCAUCCUUGUAUUCAGAAUGUGGAAUUGUAUUUGGAAGUGAAAUCUGCUGCUGCUGCUUGUCCAUCGCUGUUGUCAAAUUCCUCGAAAAGACAGAGGAUUGAUGAAGUUGGCCACGUAGGAGAUAGCAGCGUUUCUCAUAAAGAUUCAAGUUCUGGUGUUCCAAAACCGUGUGUGUCAGGUUUGUGGCUUGACGAGCAUGACUUGAGAGUAGGAUUGUGCUUCAAAGAUGGUGGUGAGCUGAAGAAGGCAGUGAACUGGUGUUCCAUUAAAGGGCAGCGAAAGUGUGUUACACGAGAGACUGGGAAGGAAGACGAGUAUAUGUUUGAGUGCAUCAGAUGGAAAUGCAAGUGGUCGCUGUGUGCAGCUAGAAUUUAA